AUGAAUUAUAAUUUUUUAUUUUUUUCCAUUUUAAUAAUAAAUAUAUUUUCAACACAUUUAAUAAGCAAAUGUAACAAACUGAAAUUAAGCUCAAAAAGAAAAAACAGCCAGGACGCUCUUAUUCCAAAUGAGGGAAAUUAUAUGAAUCCGAAUAUAAUCUAUGAUGAAAAAAAUAAUAAGGAAAGUGCAAAUGAAAAAAUAGACAAUGGGAAAAAUUAUAUAGAAAAUCAAUUAAAUUAUAAUAAAAACAAUAGGACAAAUAAUGAGGAAAUAAAUACAAAUAUUAAUCAUAUUUAUAAUGUACAAAAUAAAUAUAAUAAUAUUAAAGAAAUGGAAAAAAUGACAAAAAGUUAUGAAGAUAUGAGCAUUUUAGAAGAAAAUUCGAAAAAAUUACAAAACGAUAUACAUUCAUGGAUAAAAUCUGUACAUAGUAUUGAAGAAAAGACAAGUAAAUUAAAAAAUAUAAAAAAUGAUUUAUUAAAUAAUAUUAUAUCAUUAAAUAAAACAUUAUUAGAAGAAAUUGAAAAUAUUAAUGAAAUUAAAAAGCUUCAAAAUGAACAAAAUGAAAUAUUUUCUGAAAAUUUGUUGUACUUUUUCCCAUCAAUGCCUGAAAAAUUACAAGAAAAUAUAGAAAAAGAUUAUAAUAUUUUAAAUUAUUUAGAAAUUUACAAUAAAAAGGAUAAUUUAAAAAAAGUUGAUACAAAUUUGUCAUAUACUUGCAUGUUCAGCUUUUUUAGUUAUUUAAUUUUGCUUUCAGCAACAGUUUUAUUUUUUUUAUAA